CACUACGACACAACCGAGCCGGUGGCCUGUCCAAAUCUCAGGACUGUAGGACUUUGUUCCAACGGAAUGUUCCCGUGGUCGAGGUUGCAGGUAAUGCCGCUUCUCCAUUUCCCGUGACUGGAACGAGUGGAUUUACUACGCAUCGAUGGGUUCUGGACCCCGAACAUGUACUCCCGCUUCCCCAGCGCUUCUAUCACGGAAGAAGUUCAGGAACCACUGGACUAUAGCCGGGUCUUCAAACGUAUUUUGCAUCUCCGCGUGUUCGCCGAUUUCGUUCAUAUUUCGGCCUUGAGGUUCUUUGCCGAGCGAGCUUCGAAUCUGGAGUCACUCGAGAUUGGCAGUCGCUUCGUGUAUAACGGGGAGUUCCGUACGGAAGCCUACAACUUCAAUACAGAGAUAUUGCCGUUGGUAGGAAACACACUGAGGCGGCUUACAAUUCAAGACUUCUUCACCGAUGUCCGCGGCUCGAUGGUUUCCCUUGGACCCGACGAAACAGUGGAUCUGAGGGUUCUACCCAGAUUGGAGGAGCUCGCCGCUCCGGCAUAUGCCAUCUUCGCGGUCCCAGGCACGGCACACGCCGACGCACCCUCGCCAAACCUGAAAGUGCUGAAGAAGAUCAUGGAGGAUAGGUGGAGCUGGUAUAGGCGUGAAAAGUAUGCCUUGCUUCUUGAUCCCCUUGUUGGGUGGAAACCUUCACGAUUCUCGGGUAAGUUGUUCGACUUCAUCAUGAAGUUCGCCAGCAGUUUCAGGACUCGGUUUCCCAACCUUGAACAAGUGGUCUUCCAGUACUACCACUGGAACGAUCCUGCUCUUGACUGGUCGAGAGAAGAGGUCGAACAAGUUAGCGCUGCGUUCCAAAAGCAGGGCGUCAGUUUUGUUUACGAGGAGUACCGUGUAGAGAAGGACGAUCUCGACCCUAGUAUAGGAUACUUCUCCCAGUCCGCCGUGGUGUCGGAUCAUGAUUACCUAGACACGCCUCAGGGUCCUAGCUGA